UCCACGCAGUGCUGACCAGGGCCUCUUGUCAAUGUGCUGGCAAAAAGUGGUAUGUUUACAAGUGAUAUCCCAGAAUGGGUCUUAUUAACGUGUUACGUGCUAUCGUCGUGCGGCUCAUGUUUGCUGGCCAUGGAGUCAUCGCCAUCUGGAGGCUUUACAUCAUGACGAGUGACAUUAAGUCCUUGUUUCUAGGCGCCUCGCUGGUUGGACUGUUUAUAGAGUCUUGCGUCACUCUCUGCUUCAAAAAUGGCAAAGAAUGGAAAUGGUUUUGUCCUAGCGUAUUUUUCUACCUGACGAGCGUUGUGCCUGCUAUAUGGUUCAUGGAACUGUACGAAAUGGAAAAACGCAUAACAGCGAAACAGGAAGGGUUCAACGCCACAACAUCAGCGCUGAUAAACGAAACUAGUAAUCUGGAGGAAUUGUCAGCUAAUAUUGAAAGUUUAGGGUUGGACAUAACAAUACCACUGAAGCUACCGCCUGACCUAUGGUUGCGCGUGAUUGAACAGUUCCUUCUUUUGAUGCUUAUUAUUGGUCGAUGGCUCUUGCCGAAAGGGGCGCUGUCUCAUGAGCAAUUAUCACAGCUCCUAUUGGUCUACGUGGGAACAGCGGCCGACAUAGUGGAAUUCUAUGAAGCUUUCAACGAAGAAGGAGUCAAGUACAACCGAUUGCUGUGUUACAUUAUCCUAGGCGUGUGGACAGCCAGUCUUCUACAGUUCACGCUCGUUCUCACUGCGUCACGCGCAAGGCGAGAUCAGUCCGGUGUUCCUUCGGCCUACGGUAGAGAGCCCGCGGCCGGAUGUUGCAACCCGGAAAUAUACGGAAUUGUAACGUCCAUCUGCUUGCAAGAUUUGCCUUUCCUUGUUGUUCGAUUACUGUUGAUAUUUUACUACGACGUUGUGAGCUACACAAAUAUGUUUUUUACAUCGAAAAACUCGUUAGUCAUCAUAUUGCUUAUUUAUCGCGUGUGUGUGGUCCAGGUACAGACGGCAAAGGCCAAGGAAAAAACAAUCCAUCAGAUCUCUACCCCUCUCACAGUUUCAAGGACUACUUCCGGGGAGAACGGUCAGAGCCAAACCACUUUACUGCAUAUCAAUGACAAACCGAACUACAAGUCACGCAGUCCGAGGAACUCAUUACGGCCCAGCCCACAGGGGUCCCCUGUCAGUAGUCCCAGAACGUUGCCAAGAGGAAGUGUUCAAUCUGUGCGCAUGGGCACUGUCAAUCCAUCACUGAUCGACAGCCCCGUACAUUCUCUACAAGGUGACAGUCCCCGACAGCUUGGUAGACGAAGUCUGGCGUAUAGCACCGGAAGGAGGUCGCCUCAACCAUUUUAUGUAAACUGUGACAGGCCUAGUUAACUCAACGGUAGAAUCCCGUCAAAAAUUUGAAAAAUUCCAAGGCUGCAUGAUUUUGUUGUGUAUGUUACAACUGACUCUUUGCUUGGACAGUCAAGUAAAUAUUUUUGUUCUCUUUUCUUGUACAGUACAUGAACAUUUUGCAUGAAUAACUACUAUUUGAAUUGGGUUGUCUGUAUCUAUUUUUUUCUUGUUCAUGAAGAUAGAUCUUUUA